GGUUGCCUGACGUGUGUUGAUUUCGUUCGUAUGCGUGAGCUUUGGCCCGCUGAAGCAUCGAGGCGAGCGCUGAGCAGAUAGGACGUCUGCCCGACGACACAAAGUGUACCAUGGGGAGUACGGGAAGACGGGAUUACGGUCGGGAGGAUCGAUACUCCGACCAAAGACGAGACGUUGGAUAUGAUGGACGUCGGGAUUCAGGACGCGAAUACAUUCGUGAGCGGGUGUCUCAAUAUGGAAGCACUAGUAAUCAGGAGAGGGGGCGUGACCAACCACCCCCCAGGCGCUUUCAACCUGUAUGCUUCGAAUGUGGCGAGCCUGGGCAUUACCGAAACCAGUGCCCGAACCUUGGCGAUGAAGGUUUUUGGCGGAGUACGACACAACGGGGGAGAUCGUUCUCACGAAGACGUCCUGGAGGUCCUCAAGAACCAAGAUCGGCUUUCGAAGAUCCGACUCUGACGCAACAAAUCAAGGAACUAGUAUCUACAAUCAGUACCAUGAAGGAGCAUAUCGACGUCGAGAACAAGAAGAAGGAGGAGAAAGCCAAGCGGAAGCAAGAGAAAUUGGAACCGAAGCGACRGGAGGAGGAAGCCARGCGMGAAGAAGAACAGGCACGCGAAGCAGCUGAGYGGCRGAAGCARCGAAAGGAAGAUAAGAUGCGACAAGUGGCCAAGGAACGUGAGCAGAUGAAGAAGGAGAUGCACAUGGAGUUGUCCGUACACAUSGGCRGAUUGCGAGAGCAGUUGCUUGGUCUACGAGAUCGGGAGGGGUUACCGCAYAKUGACGAUGCGCGAGCUGCUAAAGKUAARYAGAAAGUGGAGGUASMGUCUGACGAAGAGUCGUACGRCUCUUACGAGAGCGAAGUCGACGCGCUUAGCAACCGUAYGGAACAACUCRUURUCUCUGAGAAGAGGAAWYRAGGGGAAGACUURYCGAUUGGGGAUAGUCCACCUCUGCAGACCCSGACAAGGAARACAKCUAMRCGRCGUUUACAUCUGAGCGUGAGGCAUCCGCMGAUGAAGAGAUCCCCAGURGGACGGACACCACGGSGAUGUGCUACAACCAAGAAGAAGAUCYYGRYACCACCGGGAUCAAGMGGUAAGCUCAAAUUCGUUACGGAUAAUCUGCWRGCUCUGGGAAAACUCGACAUUGAGGARCUCAAGCGACUCUGUGCACAAGAGGGUGUGCAGCUGGGGACGGAGUGCARGAAGAUGYCGAUCCUSCUCGCGCUGGCGGACAAGCGAUCCCAAGUGGCGUACGGSGAGGAGGGACGUCAAGUGGAAYACGUGGAGCAMGUUGAAGAAGAACUCCAGCACGAGGYGAGCAGCGAGGAAMGCGGCGAUGCGUGAAGCAUCCCCAAGCUUUGGACUCUUUGUUUUCRUAUC